AUGGGUGCUCUUGAUUACCUCUCCAACUUUUGCACUGUCACCAGCACAAGGAGCAAGCGCAAAGCACUGCAGACGGUCGAUAUCAAAGUGAAAAUGGACUGCGAUGGAUGUGAAAGAAGAGUUAAAAAUGCUGUUACCAACAUGAAAGGUUAUAUUGUAAAGCUAGCUGCGCGCGCGUCUAAAUCAAUACUUCUUCCUCUCAAACUGCAUAUAGGUGUAAAAUCUGUGGAGGUGAACCGAAAGCAACAAAGGGUAACAGUUAGUGGUUAUGUUGAACCAAAUAAGGUGUUGAAAAGAGUAAAAAGUACUGGCAAGAGAGCUGAAUUUUGGCCUUAUGUUCCUCAACAUCUAGUAUACUAUCCUUAUGCACCUGGAGCCUAUGACAAAAGGGCACCCUCCGGCUACGUUCGAAAUGUCGUGCAAGCUUUUCCGGCCUCAAAUGCAACUGAAGACAACAUUGUCUCACUAUUCAGUGAUGAUAAUGUUAAUGCAUGUUCUAUCAUGUAA